CAGAUUCUUGUGGCGACUUUCAUUAUCAAAUUCUUUCACAGAUUCAAAUUGAACUAAAUGAUCCUACUAUUACCCAAAAUAAUUAUGUAUUAGCAUAUAAAGUAGCAAAAGAAACUGGGGCGGGAACUCAAAUUAUUAAUGAAAGUUCCUGUUGGGUUACUGAAGCUGGGCAUCUUAAAUUAACAGGAAUGCAUUAUACUACAUGGGCUGGAGCAAUCAUAACAGAUAUUGACACACCACCUAGUCAUGCGAUAUUUACAUCUCCACCUAAAAUUAGAGGAAUAUCUAAUUCAAAUCAGCUUCUAUUACAACCAUUACAACAAUCCA